AUGAUAGCCCCAAAUCUUGCUGCAGGAGCCAGACUUGCAGCCAAGAAUGAAAGCCAAGCUCUGGACGAGAAGACUGCCAGAACCUACGAGCUCCGGCUUAUCACACUGGAAGAGUUUGCGAAGAAGAACGGGGAUGAUGCCGUGCUUUUCGGCUCUAACAAGAGGCCAUUCUUAGCAGCGACAUUGCAAACGUUCAUGCGUAAGUGUUCAGUACUUCAGUAAAGUUUUUGAGACACAGUUUUAGCGUUCUGCGUACUUAGCGUUGGUUGCGGCUUUCUUGUCAUAGGACCCUCGUAUUUAACCAGUUGUAAUGCGUCUAUUUACUCUGUUUGACUGCUUUAUUCUGUAGCUUAUCGUAAUUAACAACGUGUUUUUUUCACUGCUGGGUCGGUCGGAUGACGGUCGAAUAAUCAGUAUGUUCUUUUAUUUCAUUGCCAAAAGAUUAUCCGGUCGACGAAGAAAGGUUGGAAAAAAAAUGUACCUCUGAAUAACUUAACCACAAAAUCAUGUGAGUAGGAGUAUUUGGGUCGGCAUUUGUGCUGAAUACGGAUCGUCCAACAAUGCUGAAUGGAGUCCCCCUUUCAUAAAUUGUCAUACAGAGUGGUUAUUCUUUUUGAUCCUUAUUCUUUUAAUAACGUAAGGCGCUGGCCUGGUUAGUGCGCAAUAAGCAUUUGUGAUCUUAGCCUAGUAGCAAUAGAGCAAACCGCGUUGAAUAAACAGCGAGAGGCGGUUUGUUAAACAUCGCACUAAAAUGUGUUGCUCCUGUAUGUGCCACAGAUUGCGUUAUUGCAAAGUAUGGUAUUUUAAAACGUAAAGGCAUGCUUUUGAAACCAAAGUUCGCAAUAACGCAAAACAUGGCGAAUGAAUGGUAAGACAUGGUUUGAAAUCAUCGCAAAAUGCAGUUAACCUGAAAAAACCACAGAUUGCAUUAUUGCAAAAUGUGGAAUUAAAAGAAAAGUUUUUGUCCAUGCUUUAGAAACCACAGUUUGCAAUAACGCAAAACAUGGCGAAUGAAUACUAAGACAUGGUUUGAAAUCAUCGCAAAAUGCGGUCAACCUGAAAAAACCACAGAUUGCGUUAUUGCAAAAUGUGGAAUUAAAAGUAAAGGCCUUAGUCCAUGCUUUUGAAACCACAGUUCGCAGUACUACCGUGCGGGUCAGUUUUUUUGGCGGGGGAGCGAAAUGGGAAAUGGCGCGAAGAUAAGCGGGAAGGCCGGGUUACCCGUGACAAUAUUGAAAUGACAUGGGCUCCAGUUGAAAAUCCGAGUCGAGGUCAAAGCGGCAUUCGGGAUUGUAAGCCUCUGGUUCGGUUUACGGAGAAAAAUUGAAGGUUCGAGAAAUCGGGAUUCUAGUGUAUUUGCACGAAAGUGAAAUGAAUUCAUCUUUCGCAAUUGCUUCGUAAGUGUAUUCGUAGCUUAUGAGCUUAUCUUUUGUGCGUUUGUACCAGUUUUGUCCACAGUGUACACAGACCUGCCAACCCCUGAUAAAGGAAAAUCUGGAGACCCAUGAAAAAAAAUCUGGAGAUUCUAUAAAAAAUAGUGAGAUUCUAUUUUUUUCCCGAUGAAGAUUAAACAAACCCCUUUUCCAUCGAGGAAAGUCAUUAACAGUUUAUUUUUCGCCAUGUUUAUACGAUUGCGAUCGCUUUCCUGCGCUGAACUUACAAAGACUACUGGGAAACUCAACAUGGGAGACGCCUGGGAAUUAGACCUCGUUCCCAGGGCCUACUCCCAUUUCAAAAUGGCGGACAGACACGAAGAGAAACGAUUAAGUUUAUUGAACACAAGCGAAAAUCACAGCUGGGUACAAAAAAGUAAGAACAGUGUUCUUCUUUAUUAGGUUUUCACUUUAUGGCACAAGCGUUCCUCGUUAAUUUCCCAUUUUUAUUCUGAUUCAACAACUUAAAUCAUUUCAGAAUGAUUUUUCCCAAAACCCGUGAGAUUGAGGAGCCUUGUCCUGAGACCAUGAGAAAUGACAAAAAAUCGUGAGACUCACGGCAGAACCGUGAGAGUUGGCAGGUCUGUGUACAGCAUUGUAAGUUUAUUCGGUGUUGAAUCGAGGCUUGUUUAUAUUCCUUUUCAGAGGUGAUGGGGGAAACAAAAGGGAAAAAGAUAGGUACCUUACGUUGUCGUGGGUUGAAGCCUCCUGUAAUCAGGGGCUAUGCCGCCGCGUUCGGUUACUGGUUUAGAACGUUUGGGCACACCGAACAAUAUAGCGAAGCCAUUAUCACGGCUGAAGAUGGUUCUCAACAGGUUAUCCCAAAGGGAAAUCCGAUGUCUUCGCCUGGUAAGCUAUAAAAUUACCUUCCUUUUUCUAAUUUAAUCCAAAAAUUUUUUUGUUAUUUUUUAUAACGUUAAGCCUAUGUAAGUAUGGAUUCCUUGUCACACUUUUGCCUCAUGGUCAACUCCUUAAUUCUGAAUAUAAUGUGAUCAAAACAUGCAAAAUCACCACCCUUCAUCACUACUAUAUGUUUUAUCAUUACAAAAUACAUAUACAAUAACUAACUAAACUUCUCCCCUUUUCAAAAACUAGUCAGAGAUUUCAACAGAUCGUUAUUUUAAUGGAAACUUCUAGCGAAGAUCCUUAUUCUACUGUUGUGUUUUAUCUUGUUUUUGAUAUUUUGUUGGUAAAAUAAAUUGGUGUCAAAAUUGAAGCUAUCUGAUUUAAACAGUUCAAGGUAUCAUCCACCCUCAAGUACCUUCCUCGCGUAGAUUGGCGCUGGCGGUUUUGCUUUUAACAAAUUAAUACCCCCAUAAACCGUACAUUUUCUGAAUGCUUAAUAGUUCCAGAUUAUUGCUUAUUUCUUUUAAAAAAUCAAAAUAUUAACGAAAUUUAGAAAUGAGAAACUUUUUGUGAAAGUGGGUGUUACUGUGAAUUUAAGUCCAGUCCAGCCAAAAUUAACGGAAGAAGCCAAUUAAGAACGCAUUCGCUUCUUAACACGUUUGGCUGAAAAACCAUGUCUCAGAUUUUUGUCAAGUGCGUUUGUUCUGUGUUAUAAGCAGGUGAAGUUAAGGAUAGCAAAUCGUUAGUACUACCUGUGAAAAAAAAUACUCCAACUUGAAAACGAAAAAAGAAAUCAAAAUUCGCAGGCAAGGUUUUUUAGAAAAAGUAUCUGACAGUAAGUUGGCCAAAUUUCAGCCAAAUUGGUGUAGGGGUUGCUGACUUGGAGUUUAAAACGUACCCUCAACUUGCCCUGAUUUUCUUUUGAGAAAACAGUGGAAAAAGGUUUUUGGCGGCGUAUUACCCAUGACGAGAUUAUAACAGAUUAUAACACCAAAGCUGUCAAUGUUGACGCAUACCAGAGAAGAAACAAAAAUAGUGACACAGCAGGAAAAGUUGAAAACGAAACCCAACAACAGAUGGACAAUUUAUUUCAAAGGCUCUGCUCUGUUCGAUCCUUUCUGUUUUCGAGAAAGCUUCAUUAGUUAUUCUCAACGGGUAGUUUUCAUUUUCGCACCAAACAAGCCAAGUUGAGCCGAGCCCACUUUUACUCGAUACAUUUUUUAAAAGUUCGACACUUCCCUGGAAAAUUCGACAGCAAACCACUUCCUGGAGUUGUUCUUAAAGCUUUUUUCCCGCUACAAUAGACUUUCAAAACAAUGCCGUCCGAUUUUUUAUAUGGCGUGGGACCUCUUGUGACUUUGUCUCUUGCUUGGCUGCUUCGCGGCCUAAAAAGCUCGCUCCGCUCGCUAAUGAACUCGCGAAACUCUAUUCCGCGGUAGUUUCAAUGGGUUUUUCAGGAGCUUUGUCAUCUUUUAGCCAUUCUCAUUGAUGGUAGUAGGAGCCCUUGUCGCUCUCUGCUAAUUUCGAAGCCCACUCUUUGGCGGCAAAACAAUUUUGUUGUCUUCUUUUGUGGAGUCGAGAACGAAAACAGACGAGCUCUUUUUUCUUCUUUGGAGGCAUUCACUUUCAAAAUCCAGGGAAAAACAGUGAGUACUAUACUUGUAAACCACGAUUUCUGUCAAAUUGCGUUAUUAGCUUGGUUCAACAGCGGCACGCGUAUUAAGUAUGAGAGGACUUGUCAACGAUCAAUUAAAAUAAUUAGCGUAGAAAAAACUUUUGCGCUCCAUAAUUCUGCACAGAAAAAACGUUUUUUCGUGGAUUUUUUUUUUAAUUAGAAAGCUGUUGAUGAGCUCAAUUUAAUAGUCUAAAAAUUACAAAUUUAGAAAAAUGAUGAUUUUUUUACCCUGAAUGAUACCUUAAUAUUGUGAUAAGGAAGUUCAUUAAGUAAUAGAUAGACCAUAGUGUUAAAUUUGAAUCAUAAUCACUGAAUUUAAUUCAAAUCCUAGUUCAAUAGAAAUUUAAUUCAAUAACCAAAAUAUGUUGCUUCAUGACAAUGGCCCCUGAUUUUGCUAUGUAAAUUGUGGCUUGAUAAUCAAUGAAGAAAUGCAUCCAUGAAAAUGUGCCUUUAAAAAACUUGUACAAGGUUUUCCUGUCCUUGAAAGAUGAGCCAAUCUGGUUAGGCAUGUGAAGUUUUUGUGAAUGAAUGAUUACUGAAGAACUGUUAUCAGCUAUUUAGUCUUAUGUUGAUGGUCUAAUUUUCUUGUUUGAAAUUUUAAUGCUGUGCAUGUUCAUUUUCAAAUUUAUUUGAUAAUUAUUUUUGAUAAUCAACUGGGUUAGGACUGUUAAUUGUUAUUUAAUGUAUGUGUAAGUCAUCGUUAUUGUCAUGUCAGUUACUGAGAAUAGUCCUCUUAGGACUACACCAAACCAGAUUCUUCGUGCCACAACCUAUGACAUGACGCCUGAGUGUUCAAACAUUAAUUUUAGGUUCAAUUUAUUUCUUUUGUAUGCUCAAAUGACCACUGGAGGAACUUACUUUGUUCUGAUUUUUCUCUCGGUAAUAGUAUCUCAGGGUUUUACCAUCUUACAAGUAUGAUGCUUGGGCAAAUUGUAGCAAAUUUAUAGCCCUUUCUCCAUUCACCAAUAAAUCCUCACAAUGAAGGGAUUUUGAUUGUAUUAUUUUCAUGCUUGUCACUAAUUCUUGGAUUUUUGGGAUUGUGUUUUAGCUGUUACUCAGACCAUGAAGCAGCUGGUGAAAAGAGCAAAGAGACCCACUGCUAGGGAUACGCGGCAUGGGAGAGUGCCUUAUGAGCCUAAGAAGGCUCCACCCUUUACAAUUCAGCAGAUGUUGCGUAUGCGUGCAUACUGCUUAAAUACAAUCGAGGUAAUCACAACUCAAGUUUAAAUCCUCUUGACCCUGCUUGUAAAUGGCUAACAGGCUGCCUCCUGCUAGUUAGGGUUCUUUUAUUUUAUUAUGUACCCAUUUGCAUUUCCUGUGUACUGGUUUAAAGUUAUUUUAAGUGGAGGGAUGCCUGUAAGUUACAAUCGGCUACAAAAUUGUUGAGACAUUGUACUAACUAAAGAUAGGGUAACUUCAGAGAACAAAAGAGUCCAAAAACCUCCCCCCUCCCUUCCAUUCAAAGUUGGGGUGUUUGAUGUUUUCUAUAGCUAGUUUGAACAGCGGCACAACAUUGCAUGGAGGGGAUGGGGGAGGAAAAGCUUUAUUCUCUCUUUUUGAAGUCGGUAAAAAAUCAAAAAGCCCCUUUUGGUUGAGGUGUCUCAACUGCAUUUCCAUGUGAAACAAAACAUGUAUCAUUUUACGGCUGAUAGAUUUUAAAAUGAUGAAGAUAAAUUAAAGACCUUGCAGUGAGUUGACUCAAUGGAAUGUGGCAAGGAUCUCUUUCAGCAGAGAGGGAGGUUCAGGUUAUCCCAUGUUUUUCCCUUUUGGAAAAUUCUGUUAUUUAUCUGGCUAGCCAAAGAUCUUACUUUAGAAGAACCACAAUAUAACAAAUGGCAAUGAGGAUGUGUAGUAAAAUAGUUUUCAUGUCUAGUUUAAAAAGUUUUAUAAAGGUUGGUCAUAUUCAUAUAUUUCACUAUUGUUUGUGCAAGGAAUAUUGAGGACUUAUAUAGAGGUCAAAUUAAAAGGUACACUACAGGAGGCAAACAACGUCUGUUUAAUUGACUUUGCCAUUGCCGAAAGUGAUAGCCAAAAAGUGUACCUAGUGAAUGUCAUUUCGAGUAGCCAGAAAAAUGUAACAGCCAGGAUUAAUUAUGAAAGUAAUUUAAUGAUCAUUUAAUUAUUUAUUUUAGUGAUAGCUAAUAAUUUAACACAAGCUUUUUAAAGCCUCUCGAGCCUUAAAGGGAAGGUGUGUUAGAAUCAAUAUUGAUUUUACCUGAAGAUUCCGUGAUCUCACUCAGCACCUUGAUUGAGAUGAAAUUUUACAUAAAAUGUAAAGGUGGUUUUCCAGGUUUCACUUCAUCUGAUCUGUUUUAAAACUAGCUUAAAGAAUUUGUCAGGUAUUUUUAUUUCAUGUUCACUUCCCUGUAAGGCAAGUUAACAGCAAAAUUCAUUAGCCUGACGUCAAAAUCUGUUUGUCAUAUUAUAUUAAUUAAUGCUUGUUUUAUUUACUACCUAUUAAAUUAUGAUAUAACAUAUUUAUAUAAUUUUUUUUCAGGGAUUACGAGGUUUAUGGUUGUGGACCAUAACUUUGUUCUCUUUUGCUCUGUUCCUAAGAGGGGAGGAACCUCUCCGACUGAAGGUUAAGAACCUGAGGUUACCAGCCAAUUUCAAUUCAGGUAUUGAAAGUUGUAUAUUCUAGGUUGUCUUUCAUAAACAAACAAAUGGUUAAAAAGUUAACUUCUGUCACCUUUAUUUGGCUGUUUUAUGUUAAGUGGUCACCCUGUAUUAGGUAGUCUCACUCACAGCCGCUUUUGUCUUGACUCAUUGAAUGUUCCUCCCCAACAUAUGGCAACUCACACUCGAUUCACAUGUCAUUGCUUUCCAAUAUUGUUUUAUCAACCCACAGAAAUGACCAAUCAUUUAUUAUCAAACUGAAAAUGACAUCAGUUUACCGCAUUUUGGUGCAAAGAAUGUGCUUGGCCCUGUGAUUUCUAGUUUUAUCACAGGUGUUAGCUAUGAUGGGCCAGGUUCAGUUUUGAUUCAUAAACACUGAUUGUAGAAUCAUGGCAAAACUGAAAGACACAUUUAGCACUGAAAUGGGUGACUUCAAACUGUGCAGUGCUUGGCAUAUAAAAGCUGGAAUAAUUUGACGUAUAGGGGCAGUACAUUCUGAGGAGUCGCUGAAUAAUCAUUAUUAUACAGAUCACUAGGCUAGCUACCAGUCAAUGUCUCCUGAUUUUUUUACUUUUGUCCCAUUCCAUUUUAUUUUAUUUUAUUUCAUAAUCUGUAGGGGAGCCAAUUACAAUUCCAAAACGUAUUGAGGUGAAAAUACCAUGGUCUAAAGCAGAUAGAAAGGCCAAAGGUAUGUAUAUUAGUACUUAUCGAAUUAUUUCUUCUUUUGUAUGUUGUGUGUAGGGGCACAUGCUAACCAUCUUCACCUUCUAGCAUUAUAUUUCAACUCACCAAUGGCUUGCUCUCAGCUGGCUCAAUUAUUGCAAACAAGGUCGUGCCAGUUAAGAUCCUGAUCACCUCUGAAUUUUUCAGCUUUCUUUUUCACAACUGUUUAAUUGAGUUGUGAACAUAACUGCAAUGCUAGGGAUCUUCACUUGUUAAAUCUUUCUUCCACUGUUUCAAUAUUAUGAAGUCCCUAAAUUCACUUUGGUUUUUUUGUUCCUUUUUUCUUUUCGUUUCAAAUUUUCCAACGAUGCUAACUGGUACAGUGGAACCCUGCUCUCAAAUAUCUGCUUCAUACAGAUGCAGACAGUUUUGGUUGUCCUGAUGAAACACUCAUGUUGUCUGUAAAAGUAACCUGCUUAUGUGCACAGGUUAAUAUGGACAACUGACACCUUUUUCUACCCAAAACACAAAAUAUAAAUUCUCAUAUUACCUCAACCUUGCUUUAUGCACACUGGUCAUUUGCGAACUAUGUGUGAUUAAUUUUCUUACCAGUGCAGUGUGCAAAGGAAGUAGUGUCCGAUAGCCCUGAGGCUAGUGAAUUUUGCCAUUGGGCUGCCAAAUUCUGUUCUUAACUUGCCCGAUGGGGAAGUGAAGUAUUUUGGGAAUUCAAAUUACAGAAGAACUGUGAAAUCAAUUCUGCUCAUCAAAACGUUUUGGGGCCUAAUUGAAAUAAUGUUUGGGCUAGCACAUGCUUAACCUGCAUCUUGCCCAAAUGGUAAGCUGUAAAACUGAGUUUCUUUGCAUCCUUUGAGUGAAAACCUAACAAUCUCAGCUGAAAUCUUUUCAAUAGUUCUGUCUAAUGUGCAGUCCACCUGGCUGAGUCACAGAUUAAAAGGAUCAGUUCAAAGCUGCUGUAUUUUAAGGCAAAUACAUUUUGAAGUUUUUAUUUUUUAGCUAUUGAGUCUUUUAACCAUGAUAAAUGAUAUGAGGUAUCUUUAGAAAUAACUUGUACUUCAGUUACAGUUACGAAUUUAAGCAACGUUUUCUCCAUAGCCUUGUAAACAUGUGUGAGGAUUUUUUUCUGACAGCCCCCUUCAAUGUGGACACCUAAAUUAAUAAUACCGGUGACAUAUCUUCUUGGUGUCCAUAUCAAACAGGUGGUACUGUAUUACUCUCUUUUGGUGGAAGGGUUCAUACUGAAGGCCUCACUUUUUUAUGGUAUUAAAUUUCAAAACGUUUGAUUUCAGGAGUUACACUUACCCUGUGGAGCAACCCAUUAUGUAAGGAGUUGUGUCCUGUGAGAGCCAUCAUUGCUUGGUUACUUGUAGCAGGUCUGUGAUUUCAAAACGAAAUGCUUCUUGUGGCCACUUUCAUAAGCGUCCAGCUCUAGUUAUAACCUUUUCUAUAGUGAUCAACCCUGCUCACACAUCACAGAUAGGUUCAGACUCAUCUGCAUAACCAUCAUAAUAUCCAAUUCCAGUAAUUACCAAGUAGACAUUUCCUUUGCUUUCAGCUCGCUAUUUCUGCCCACCUUGCAAACUCGUGCAUCAGGAGUAACAUAUUAUCUUUAUGAGCUUGAUAUUCUAGAUAAGUUAGAGGUUGUUUUGAAUUGGAUGAAGUUGUUAAGUUUGUGUUGCAAGGUGCAUUUAAUUAUUUAUAUGUAUAUAUAAAAUUAUGUUGGACCUUAUGUAUGAUUUUGUUAUCCCUUGUAACUUUCCAGAUAUUCGUAGUGGUUACCUCUUCCCAAGGAUUUCCAAAAACAACCUUACAUCUUUGCGAAACAGUGCUCGUGGUGUUACCACCUACAGGAAAACAUUUGUUGAGGUAUAAAUAAAUAAUAAUUUUGAUAUAUAUAAAAAUUUACUGAAAAUCUGCUUCAGCCACCGCUUGCUGCUUGAGUUGGGUGUAUUUGUAGACACCCGUAACAGACAGGUAUCAGGUAGAGAUAGUUGAAUUCACAUGCUUCAAAUUGCUUCAAUGUCAAUCUCAUUUUUUCAAGAUGUCCAAGGCUCUCUUUGAGAAGGAAUUCACCACCCACAGCAUACGAAGAUCAGCAGCUCGAUGGGCAGCCCGUUGUGGGGCAGAUGAUAGUACUAUCAAAAGAGCGGGAAGAUGGUAAGUAUUUUCUUUUGUCCCCAUACGGGACAACAGCAAAUUUCAUUUUUAAGUAAACAUAACUUUGUGAGGGUAAGGGUGUGGUUCAUUCACGAGGCAAUUGUCUCGCGCUUAUCUAAAUAUUCUGAAAUGUUUCUUUCAGAGACUCUGCAAUAUUUUCAUAUUGAUAGACUAUAGUGCACAUAUGCAUGUAAUAUUAUACUGAUAGAACUGUCCAUGUAUUUAUUUAUUAUGCAUUGGAAAAAGAGGGUUUUAUAAUCAGUUUUGAUUUUUCACAGUUUCCACAGAAACUGUAUUUAACAUCAUUUCAUGUAAGUAAGUAAGAAAACUGAGCGAUGGUUAGGUUCAAAACAAAGAGAUUCUAUUGCGCUUCAGUAAAAUCCAACUAAGCCCACUAGUAGCGAAAAGCGCCGCCUGUUUGGCAGCAAAAAAGGAUUAAAGUCUAGCUUUAAGUAGCUAAAAUUUUUUUAUUCUCCAUACUUUUGAGUAACUAGUCGGAUUUUACCAAAACAAUUAUUCCUCUCGCCCUCAUGGCCUCUGAGUCAAUAGCCCAUUCGGCUUUCGGCCUCAUCGGCUAUUGACUCAGAGCCCAUUCGGGCUCGAGGAAUAAUUGUUAACUAGUCGUUGCUUGUCAUUAAAUCACUUAAUUCCCGCAGCAAGCAGAUAAAAUCGCAGGUUUCCAGGCUUCACAAAACUUUGAACACGUGGUCUCUCUAGAGAGCUGUUUUUUGAAUGUAGCUAUCAAGUCAAUUGGAACAAGCUUAGAGGGGAAAUGCUUAUCAGAUCGGCUGAUGAAUGGCUACUGUGGGCAGUCAGUGGGAGAAAAAAAAUGGCACUGCCUUCUAUUCUGUGCAGUUUACUAGGUCAUCGACUCAUUCACUUGUUUCAUUGAAAUAUGUGUACAUGUACUGAAAGUGUAAUAGUUUUGAGUGAAACAACUAAUUCUAACAUUGUUUCAUUCUAGGAAAUCCAGUGCUUUCGAAUUGUACACUCAGGAUGCCAGAGCCGAAAUUAUUAAAGAACAACACGAUGGAAAUGUGCUGUUUGAUCAUAAAUUGUGGAUGUUUAAACCUUUACGAUAGUAUCAAGCAAUCAAGUCUAGAGUUUCUCAACCUCCUCAGGAAGCAGCUCAGUUUUCCCGUCUUUUUUAUAGAUCAUCUAAAUAAGUCAAUCCUGUGUGGACUAAUUGAAAUCAUGUGUUUGACAAAUGCGCAGUCGGCUGCCGAAAAGAACCGUUAGUCAUGCAAUUGACCAGGAUUUCCUAUACGGACAAACCAAGGAUGGUCCUAAAUGAUUUCUCUUAUGUUGUUUAUUCUAGCCUCCAAGAAAUGUCGUGUUGUACAUUUGUGUUACAUACGAAACGAUGGUGAUCCCAAAUGAAACUUCACAAAAUUUUAGAUAGAAUUAUUAACAGAAUUAAGUCUAGUGCGUAGCUCGGAAAGGUUUAUCUAGGAAAUAUAAGUUACGGAAACAUUUUAAUUUUUUUCUGCCAAUAAAGCCGGGAUGUAGGGUUAGGGUAGCCUGAAUUUCAUCCGAUUGCUUCUUGUCUGAGGGAGUAAAACGACUCGAAAUAAUCGGAUGAAAUUCAGGCUAAGGUAAGGAAGGGUAAGUCUUAAAUCCUAGUCCUUCAAGAUUUUUGAAAGCACAGUUUAACGUGAUCAAACCUGUACGAAGGCAUAAGCUCGCUUAUUUUACUGGAGAAUUAUUAUUCAAAUUGAAUUAUAAUAUAAGAGGGAAAAGCUGGUAGGAAAUGAAAACAUACUAACCGAAAAAAAAGAAAUAAAG